UUGAUGUCACCGCCGCGAGCGCUGAUUGGCUCACAGCUUCGCCGAUGCUGUGUCACGAUGAGGUGUCAGAGAUUUAACUAGUUUAUCCUGAAUGGACUGCAACGAAACGGACAGGAAGCUGUUUGCGAACCUAAGAAUAUCGUCUAGACGGUUGAGCGGUGAAUACUGUGCACUUGAACUUCACUUCCAGUCUUGAAUGUUAACAACAGCAGCUCAUUGACCAGACGUGCUUUGCUGUAUAAAGAAAAUAACAACAACAAUGGAAACAAAACAGUGUGACGAGAUCACAGAGAUGGUGUGUUUAGAGUCGGAUUUGCAGGAUGGACAAAUGAAAGCGGUUGAGGUGGACCAGAAUAAAAUCCUUUUGGUGCGCAAUAAUGGAGAAUUUACUGCGGUGGGUGGUCUGUGCAGUCAUUAUGGUGCACCACUUAUCAAAGGUACAUUGGUUGGAGAUCGAGUUCGUUGCCCAUUUCAUGGAGCAUGUUUCAAUACUAAAACUGGAGAUAUUGAAGAAUUUCCUGGACUGGAUUGUCUGCCUAAAUACAAAGUCAAAGUUGAGGGUGGUAAAGUUUAUGUGACCACUGAUAAAAAGAAACUGAAAAAGCGUGUUAAGAAAAUGAGCGGUAGAGUGCCUGGAGUAACUCACACGGUUGUUCUGAUUGGAGGAGGUCCAGCUUCACUGCAGUGUGCAGAAACCCUUCGUCAGAAUGAUUAUGAAGGGAGAAUUAUAAUGGUUACCAAAGAUGAGCAGCUUCCUCUAGAUAAGACCAAGCUUAGCAAGGCAAUGAACAUUGAAAUUGAAAAGGUGCUGCUACGACAGAAUGAUUUCCUUCAAGAGCAUGGAAUUGAUGUGUGGACUAAAAAAGAGGUAAAAUCUGUUGACACUAAAGCUAAAACUCUGACUUUCGAUGAUGGCACUGACCAACACUAUGACCAGCUUCUGAUUGCUACAGGUGGCAGGGCCAGACCACUGCAGUGCCCUGGAGCUGAACUUGAAAAUGUGAAAUUGCUGGAGAGCUAUAAGGAUGCCAAAGAAAUUCAUCAAAUGAGUGCCGGCAACAAGGCCAUCAUUGUUGGAACUUCAUUCAUAGGAAUGGAAGUAGCAGCUUAUCUGUCUGACAAGGCAGCCAGCGUCACUGUUAUUGGCAGCAGUAAGUUUCCUUUCCAGUCAUCACUGGGUCCAGAUAUUGGAAAAAUGACGAUGCAGAUGCUGGAAGAGAAAAACGUGAAGUUCUAUACAAGUAAUGGUGUGGCUGAAAUACGGGGUGAAAACGGAAAGGUUAAGGAAGUUGUCCUGAAAAAUGGUGAAGUCCUUUCAGCGGAUAUUGUAAUUGUAGGCAUUGGUGUCAUUCCCAACUCUAAUUUCCUUAAGGAAACAUCUUUGGAAAUUGAUUCCCGCAAUGCUGUUGUUGUUGACAAGUUCAUGAAAACCAACAUUCCUGAUGUCUUUGCUGCUGGAGAUGUGGUGUCCUUUCCACUUCCUUUGGUUGGCCAUAAGAGAGUCAAUAUUGGACACUGGCAAUUGGCACAAGCUCACGGAAGAAUCGCAGGCUUAAGCAUGCUGAAUCAGCAGGUUGUGAUAAAUACUGUGCCAUACUUCUGGACCAUGCUGUUGGGAAAAAGUAUUCGAUAUACAGGCUAUGGAGAAGGAUACACUGACAUUGUUUUCAAAGGAAGCACAGAGGAAAGAAAAUUCUUGGCAUUUUAUAUCAAAGAUGAAGAGGUUGUUGCAGCUGCCAGCUUGAACUUUGACCCUGCUGUCGCAAGGUUGGCAGAUAUGUUACUGAUGGGGGAGAGGAUCACUAAGGCUCAAGCGCAAUCUGAUGACCUCAGCUGGUUGCAGCUCCCAUGAAAGUGCUUUGGCAACACUUACCUCAUUUACAAUAUUGAUUAAAGAUUGUCCAUCUGUCAUUAUAUUUGACUGACUGACCUAUAUCUUAUCUUCAUUAACAAAAACAGAUUGGUACUGUGUUUUAUCUUCAAUAUAAGCUUUUUCCACAUAAAUGUUGUUUUGUCCUGGAAGGAAUAAA